AAAGGAUAUAUGUCGAAGAUCCUUUCUGUUUUGUGGAUUUUCCUUGUAUUCCUUUAAAUUCUAUUUACUGGUAUCAUUUGGUAUCAAAGCAAGUUCCUGGCAUCAUGGAAACUCACUUACAAGAACAGAAGAAACUGAUUGAUGAUGUUGUUAAAACAGCGAUGGCUAAGAUGGGCGAACAUUAUGAACAACUACUUAAGGCCAUGGAGGAAAAGUAUGAAAACCAAGUGUCAGAUUUGAGAACUCGAAUGUCAGGUCUGAAUGUGCACCAAAAUCAGAUCAUGGCACAACUUGAUACCUCUUCAACUUCUCGAGGAUCUCAAAUUUAUGGGAAUUCAUCUUCAAAUACAGGAGAAAAAGGGGAAGUCUUUGAGGAAACCAUAAAAGAACUUCUAGAUGACUCUAAUCCACAUAUGUUUGUUCAUGCAUUAUCUGGAGGUAACAGUGGAGCUUACCGUACAAUGAGGGUAACUGGAUAUGUGAAUAAGAAACCUAUUCACAUACUCAUUGAUUCUGGGAGUACUCAUAAUUUUUUAGAAGUUAAUGUGGCAAAAAGGGUUGGCUGUAAAUUACAAGCUGUUGAGGCUUUGAAAGUUGAUGUAGCUGAUGGAAGUUCACUGGAAUGUGUCCAUAUGUGCCAAGAUUUUACUUGGUGGUUACAAGAGACCUUGGGUGACAUUUUGUGGAAUUUUAAGACUUUACGCAUGGAGUUUGCUGUCGAUGGACAAAAUCUGAUUGUUGAUGCUGUCAGAGGACGUGGCACUUGGCAAAUUGAAGAAAAUAAAGCUGAAAACACUUCAAAAAAGGUUUUAACUUGUUCUGAAUUGGAGAAAUUAUUAUUAGAGUAUGCUGAUCUCUUUGUAGAACCUAAAGGCCUUCCUCCCCAUAGAGCUCAUGAUCAUAAAAUUUGUUCAAAGGCAGGAACUGAUCCUAUUAAUCAAAGGCCAUACAGAUAUGCAGGAGUACAGAAGGAUGUCAUUGAAAACAUAACUCAAGAAUUGUUACAAACGGGUAUCAUCUAGCAUAGUGUAAGUUCUUUUGCUUCACCUGUAGUUCUAGUUAGGAAGAAAGAUGGGUCUUGGCGCAUGUGUAUAGAUUACAGAACUCUAAAUAAGCAAACUGUGAAGGAUAAAUAUCCCAUACCCCU